AUGCCCAGCUUCAGCCUGCAAAAGAAUGCCCUUGCCAAUGUCACUGAGGCCCACCCUCUUUCCUUCCUGUUGCUGGGGAUUCCAGGACUGGAAGCUGCACAGUUCUGGCUGGGCUUUCCAUUCUGUGUUGUGUAUCUGAUCGCUCUUGUUGGAAACUUUAUCAUUCUGUUUGUCAUAUGGACUGACAGGAGCCUUCACCAACCCAUGUUCUACUUUCUGGCUAUGCUGUCUAUGAUUGACCUAAGUCUCUCUACUGCUACCAUCCCUAAGAUGUUGGGCAUCUUCUGGUUCGGCCUCCAGGAGCUGUGCUUUGGAUGUUGUGUUGCUCAAGUCUUUUUCAUCCAUUUCUUCACAGUCAUGGAGAGCAUCAUACUCCUUGCUAUGGGCUUUGAUCGUUAUGUGGCUAUUUGCAACCCUCUCAGGUACACCAUGAUCCUCACCAACAGAGUCAUCGUUGUGAUUGCUGUGGUUGUGGUUAUAAGAAGCCUAUGCAUGAUUGUUCCCAUCAUUUUUCUCCUCCUGAGACUGCCUUACUGUGGACACAGAAUCAUCCCACAUACCUACUGUGAGCACAUGGGUGUGGCACGACUGGCCUGUGCCAGCAUCAGAGCCAAUGUCUAUUAUGGUCUUGGGAAUAUUUCCAUUUUGUUUCUGGAUGUGCUUCUUAUUAUAGUUUCCUAUUCUAAGAUCUUAUAUGCCGUUUUCCACCUCCCUUCUCAAGAUGCUCGUCUGAAGGCUCUUAAUACUUGUAGCUCCCAUAUCUGUGUCAUCUUAGCCUUCUUUGGUCCAGCUCUUUUCUCCUUCCUCACUCAUCGCUUUGGUCAUAACAUCCCUCAGUAUAUUCAUAUCCUCCUGGCCAAUCUCUAUGUAGUCAUCCCUCCUGCCCUCAACCCAGUCAUUUAUGGGAUCAGGACCAAGCAGAUCCAACAGCGAAAACUCAUGGAGUUUGCUUUCAGUAUGGCAAAGGUCAGCUGUUUGGGAAAACCCAAGCAUAAGACACCUUGGGCAAAGGACCUGAUUCCAGAGAAGUGGAAACCAGAGAAUAGAUUUCAGUGCUGCUUUGCAAAAGCCACACCCUGA